AUGAGCCCGGAAAACUGGAGCACUCUGGACACCAUCAGCAGAACUUCAAACUCGUACUUGGAAAUCUUUGGUCUUUCCACUUUGGCCCAAGAUAACACUGCCGCAAGCGAUUUCAUCAGGAAACUCUCUUCCAUCUGCUUGGACUCGAAUCGCAAGGCCUGGAUGGACUUGAGCGCCAAACCAAACUCAAUGAUGAACGAGAUCGAAGAUAAAAAGUACAGGAACAAACCGUUGUCUUGCAACUCGUUCUUGGUUUCCACGAUGAAUUUCGAUAUCUGGUCUCUUUUCGAAGGCUUGACGGAUGUGAGCAGCUUAAUCAGUUCGAUCGCGCAAAAAGCUUUGGUUUUAUCUUGGACACCAAAGUAUUUGAUCGAAAACUGA